UAUCUCUGUUUGCCUGAGUUAUACUUGACUAAUAGCAUAAUAAAACGGAACGAAGAAAAAAAUGUAUUCGGUGUACUUAACGGCUUUCCUCGUCAUGUCGAUAUGCAGCUUGACUGCUCAGCAGCCAACGUUCUUCUUCAGAAACACAUUUAAGGGGUUGAGCGGUCUUACACCAAGCGCCGUUGCACUUAUGAAAGACGAGAUGCGAGUUGUUUAUUAUCACGAACAGACAGUGGCGGUAGUCGAUCUCGGACCAAGAAAUGAAUUACAUGAUUGUAAUAUAAUCGAAGUAUAUGAGCCGUUCGAGGCUACAGAAGUUUUGCGAAACUUAUCAAUGACUUUACAUCCACAAGUGGUAUCCUUCCAGGAGAUAACGAGACUCAUGCAACAAUGUGAAUUAUUAGACAAAUUACAGGUAGAAGCCACGUCCACUUUGCCAACAAACGCAUUGAGUAGAGGGACUCGCAUAGCCGCAAGUUCCAUAACUCUGUUUUCCGGCAUUCUGCCAGGCACAAAAUGGUGCGGCACGGGCGACAUAGCCGAAAAUUAUCAUGACUUGGGCGAUUUACCUCACAUUGACAGAUGUUGUCGUAAUCACGAUCUCUGUCCAAUAAAAGUACGAGCCCAACAGACCCGAUAUAAUCUCACUAAUUAUUCAAUAUUCACUAAAUCACAUUGUACUUGCGACCAAGUUCUUUAUCAAUGUUUAAAAGCUGCUAACCAUCCAACGGCGAAUUUCAUGGGACAAAUAUACUUCAAUAUCGUUAAAGUGCCGUGUAUAGAAGAUAUUGGAAGAAAUCGAUAUCCAUUAAGAAAAUUUGUACCUGUAAAAAGGGAAUAUUAA